AUGGGAGCUCAGGGAGCAGGGACCCGAGGUGGGGCGGGUCUCCUGCCCCGGAGGCUGCUGCUGCUGCUGCUGCUACCAGCACUGCUGACCCUGAGUCCUGAGGCAGCCCAAACCCCGGAGCCCCUGGGGUCCAGCCCCUGGAAGGCUCCAGGAGAGAAAGAGGGUACCUCGAGGGUACAGAAGGCAGCCAGUGGACCCGAGGACUGGGCAAGCGGGGCCCAAGUGUGCGGAAAGACAAAAGCAGUAGGGAAAGUGUACGGCGGCCAGGACACAGAGGCUGGCCAGUGGCCAUGGCAGGCAAGCCUGCUGUACCGCGGCUCACACCUCUGUGGAGCUGUCCUCAUCGACUCCCACUGGCUGGUAUCCACCGCCCACUGUUUUCGCAACAAAUCCAAGGCCCUGGAGGACUAUCAGGUUCUACUAGGGAACACCCAGCUAUACCAGCAAACCCAGCACACACAGAAGAUAUCUGUGAGCCGAAUCAUAACCCACCCAGACUUCGAGAAGUUUCAUCCCUUUGGGAGUGACAUUGCCAUGUUGCAGCUGUACCUGCCUGUGAAGUUCUCAUCCUAUGUCAUCCCUGCCUGCCUCCCACACCCAGACAUGCAGCUGCUCAGUCCUACAUCCUGCUGGAUAACUGGCUGGGGCAUGCUCACCGAGGACAGUGAGCUGUCACCACCCUUCCCUCUCCAGGAGGCUGAAGUAGGCCUCAUUGAGAAUGAGCUCUGCAGCCUCUUGUAUGAGCAAAGAACUGGCAAGGACCACUUGGUGCAGGAGGAGAUGCUGUGCAUCGGGAAUUUCUCUGAAGGAAAGUCCAUCUGCAGUGGCGAUUCUGGAGGGCCUCUUGUCUGCUACUACCCCGGUGCCUGGGUCCUGGUAGGACUGGCCAGCUGGAGUUUGGACUGUCGGCACCCCGUUUACCCUAGCGUCUUCACCAGGGUCACCCACUUCACUGACUGGAUCAGCUCAGUCAAGAGGCUGACUCCUGUGCCGGACUCACUGACAGGUCCUCCUCCCACACACUUCCUGCCCCAGCCACUGAGAGCUACAGGCUUCCGCAAGAGUCACAGUGUGCUUGGGCCAGCACAGACCUGCCUCCUGCUGCCAUUUAUGCUUCAGGCCGCACAGCACGCCAGAGGGACUCCAACCCACAAAGAUCUCACGAAGGCUAAAGAACAUGUCUUUGGAAUGUCCCUUCCUGUGGGGUCUUCUCUUGCUGUCCCCAUCUUCAGCCAGGGCACCACUACUGAGUUGCAAGUAAUGGGUGAUCAGUUGAAAGUGGAGGAGCUGUUCCUGGAGGACCCUGUGGAAGAUCCUCAUAUUUUCAAACCCCUUCCAUUCUGA